UAGACAUAUUUCAAUUUCUAAACGGAUUGUAGUGCCUUGACAUGUCGUCACAAACUCGGAAUCAAUAUAUAACUGGUCUUUGUGCUAACAUUAUUUCCAUAUCGUAUGGGGCAUUUGUUGGCUGGGCUUCGGCUAGUUUUGUAGAACUUCAAUCGGCCGACGCAAAUGGUUCUGAGCCUCUAAUAGGCGACGAUGCAGGAUGGAUUGGAUCAAUGCUCUGUGUGGGUGGUUCAUUUGGAACGGCAUUUUUCUCUUGGAGCGCCGAUAAAAUUGGUCGGAAGCCGUGUCUGCUGCUCCUGGCUCUGCCUGCUUUGUUGGGUUGGCUAAUUGUUCCAUUUGCAAAAUCGUCCAUACACUUGGCGAUAUCAAGGUUAAUGGGCGGUUUUUCUGGAGGAGGGACAUUUUCAAUAAUUCCAAUAUACACAGCUGAAAUAUCUGAUGAUAACGUUCGGGGUACAGUCGGAACAUUUUUAGUACUAUUUUGUAAUGUGGGAGUUUUGGUGGCAUUUAUUUUGGGUACCUACUUAUCCUGUCGGAUUGUUGCAUGGAUUCUAUCGACAUUACCACUGGCAUUUCUUUGUGGUGUUCUAUUCGUGCCUGAGAGUCCGCAAUAUUUGACAAGGAAAAAUGACGUAAAGGCAGCCGAAAAGUCAUUGUGUUUCUUUAGAAAUAUAUCAUAUCAAAAUUCGGAGACGGAUCCGAAGAUCAAACUCGAACUACAGAAUUUAAUGGAAAAACGUGGUGAUCACACAAUGGAGAAGAGUGAAACUAAUGCCAGUCUAAGGGAUUUUGCUGAGCCCAAGGCACGAAAAGCUCUUUGGAUUGGUAUAGCUUUGAUGGCUAUCAACCAGCUUUGUGGGUGUUUUGUUAUGCUAAAUUACACUGCAACCAUCUUUAAGAACUCCGGUUCAACAUUGCCGCCGAAUCAAUCGGCCAUUGUAGUUGGAGUUAUACAGCUUGUUGGCACCUAUGUAUCAACUCUGUUAGUGGAACGGGCGGGAAGAAAAAUUUUGCUGAUAGUAUCGGUGAUUGGUACUGGCACCGGACUCUUAUGUCUGGGUUUAUUUAUGUGUUUGGGUGACCUUACAACUGGAUCCUGGAUUCCGGUGGCCUGUUUCUCUUUCAUAAUAUUUAUUGGAUGUUGGGGUGUUAUAACUCUUCCCUUUGUGGUGGUAGCAGAAAUAAUGCCGCCCAAAGUUCGAAAUCUCGGAUGCAUGAUCUGCAUGUUAUCCCUCUGGGUUUAUUCAUUCUUCCUCCUAAAAUAUAUGGGACUGUUUUCGGAGUUGAUCGGCAUGCAUGGAAUAAUGUUUUUCUUUUCGGCCUGCAGUUUCAUCGGGGCUAUAUUUAUUGGAAUUUUUGUGCCUGAAACUAAAGGCAAGCCCAUCGAAGAAAUACUACAAAGUCUUUAG